UCGCUUUGUGAUCUGCCAAAUGAGAUAUUGUUACAGAUCUUCUCAUACGUAGAUCUGCAUCGCGAGACACGUAUUCUGGGCUACAUAUCCGAUGAGCCUUUGCCUUCUUGGCCAGAUAAUGACCUGCUUAGAGAUUUUCGCCUCCACAAUUCCUGGCUGCUAAACAUUGCUUUGACAUGCAAGCGAUUUGCAGCUUUAAUCCCAGAGGUAACAUUACGUAUGAUCGUAUUGGAAGCCUUUUCAGUAUCUGUGCAGCCUGAGAGCCCUCAGCUUGGUUGGUCAGCUCCAUUCGCUCUCCUUUUUCAGUACAGGGAGAGGCCGGAUCUCAUUCAACAAAUCAAGCAACUUCGUAUCCAUCUUCCAUAUACCGACGAGCACGACAGGUAUCGUUGCGACAAUAAGGGAAUGGCCAAAAUGCUAGCUUCAUUGAGUGUACCCUCUGCUUGGAAGUUCAAACUUUUUAAAGACAUCACAACUAGCUUUGGACGAGGUACAUUUAAUGCCCUAUUAGCGGUAGUAGAAUUGGAUGUAUUGUGCGUCUCCGACUCAACCGAAGAACCAAAACUCGAAUGGGCAGAACAGCUCUCAGUCUCACCGUUCACUCCCCCGAUUAUCCGCUCGCUGAGAUACCUUAAGAUUGAAACUAAACUACCUCCCAACAUUCAACCAGUGGAGAUCUUUCAAAAGCUGAAGACUGUUGAUUUAAGUAUCGCACUUUGCAACUCAACACCAAUGGAUAUAGUAUCAGCGCUAGAAAAACUUGCAAACACCGCGGUAAACAGCAUAAAGCAACUGCGUCUUAGUUUCGAAAUCAGAACAAUCGGAAUGUGGAACAGUACGAAGCGAACCUGUAUGUCGGAUGUAGUGAAAGGCUUCCAGAAUUUGGAGAGUCUCGUAUACUAUACCGAGUCGUCGGUAGCGAAGAAUCCCUAUCGUAGUCUUCGCAGUUUCCCCAAUCAUCAAGCGAACAUCCAAAUAUAUCCUGAGGUUUCACAGUCUCCGCAAUCGGGUGAAGACCACGCUAUAUACGAGGCACGCACAACUAUCACCGACUACCAAUGCCUUGUCGACAACCUCGUGCACCUACGCCAGUCUCUGAAACACUUGCAACUUCCAGGCGGCUUUUGGACGCUACCUGGCGCGGCUCGCAAGCCGAUCCCGCGUUUCGAUCAGUUUACGCAGCUUCAAAAAUUGACUGUGCCACAAGCGGUCCUUAUCUCCAUCAAACUGGAUAACAUGCAGGUUGACACCGUCUCCCAAGGCGACUUUGAACUUUCUGCUUCAGAGGUGUUACCGGUGUCGCUACAACAUCUCACGGUCUUCGAUCUCGAUGAGACGUUCUUGGGGAGCAAGUGGCUAGAGGGAUUGUUCACUGAGCAGAAGAGCCACUUGCGAUGGCCCAAGUUCCGCACCUUGGAGCUGUUGAUGGGACCGACAUUCUCUGAUGAAAUGCUGGAAGGGCUUCUGGCAAGGCGUAUUAGUGCGGCAUUCUGGGCGAGGGUUGAUGAAGCCGGGUUCGAUGUCGUCGUUGGGAGGGACGACUUGGAUCCU